AGUGCGUCUUUAACGUCGGAAGCUGUUUUUUCCAAGGAGCACGUGAAGGCAGCAGUGUUUCUGUACUGUGCGGGAGACGCUUGCGGCAGCGUCAGAAAACAAUGUGUAGGAUGAGGACGACUGAAUCUCCCCACACAGAGUGACUGAUCAUGGCCAGUCGGUGGCGAGACGGUCAUCGCGGCCGUUCUGGAGACUCCGCCGGUGGCCUGAAAACGGCGCGAAUGCCUCGCCAACAAGAACCUUCCGGUGAGACCGAGGACGCGGCGGAGUCGCUGCGGGAGCUGCCGCGGUGGAUGCGGCUGUACUUCUACGGGAUGCACGGCGUUACUCUGGAUGUGCUCCUCUCCUCGUUACAAGGGGUUCUGAAUUAUCGGGACCCGAAGCUGGUGGGCUUUUCCUCUCCGUAUCUUUGCAUUAUGCACUCACUGACCCACUUCGCGCUGGAGAAGAUCUACUCACAGAAGCGGUGUUUCCGAGGUCGGCCGGUGGUGUUUCAUCUUGUUUUCUACCCGUCCGUCUUCAUCGGGCUGCAGAUCCUGAUCGGGAACAUUAAUACUUUGACCGAGCAGGUGAGGGUGGUAUCUGGCACGCAGCUGGUCGUGCACUACGUCCUGGCUCUCUAUUUCGCCCAGGUGUUUCACAGAGGGCUGUCCAGGCUGCAGUAUCACCCCUCCUGCCCCGUGGACCCCCCGCGGAAGCCCGGCCCGGAGGACAGCGGUCAUGAUCGUGGGCCUCCCCACGGUCUCCCCGGCCUCGUGCGCUUCUUGUUCUUCGGGAUGCACGGCUUCCUGGACGAGGUGCUCUUCACCUCUUUCUUCAACCUCGUGGAGAAGUCCGACCGGACCCUGAGCGGCCACACUUCCCUGUGGUCCUUCCUGAUGUACGGAAGCUGCAGCUUCGUGGUGGAGAAGCUCUACCUCCACCUGCACUUCAGCAGAGGCUGGGGGACGUGCCGCCGGCUCCCCAUCUACAUCUGCUUCAUCUACACCUGGGAGUUCUGCUGGGGUCUGGUCCUCAGGCAGUUUGACGCCUGCUCCUGGGACUACUCUCAUUAUCCUCACAACUUCAUGGGACUCAUCACCCUCCUCUACUUGCCAGGCUGGGUCUGCCUCAGUCUGUAUCAGGACGUGCUGUCUAACGUCCUGCUGAGGAUCAAGUGCACCAAAGAUGUGACCAGUUCCAGUGGGGAGAAUGGAGAGGCCAAUGGACAGCUGGAGUCAAAGAAAAAACUGCUUUAGUUUUUCUUUUUGAGGUUGUAACUUCUAUAGGGAACGUAGGUAACUUCUAUAGGGAACGUAGGCUCAUGAAGAAGAAACACGCAGGUGUUCUUUUAUUCAAAAAAUCCAACAAAUCAAACUGAUUUGACGAAAAAAGACAUAAAAAUUGACAUUCCUCACUAAGUUCAAGGUAAAAUUGUAUAAUGUGGGACCAUAGUGUGUUAGCAGUGUGCAGAUGAGACAGAUUCCAGCUCAUACUGGUUUCAGGGCCCAGUAAUAACAAUAAAAACACAACUAAGGACCCUGAAGUGUUUACCUAACCUGAAACCUACUGCCGUUUUUAUCUAUCUGGUAUGAAAUACAGGUGUAUUUUACAAGUCUUCAUGACUUUGGAAGUGUGAAUAUAUUCCGUGUUUUUAAUGAUUGCAGUGGACUUGCCACCUUAUACAUUACAAGCAUUGUGGCAGAUCUACUUUGAGUUGGAUCGCUUGUGUCCGUUACAACCCCCAUUCCAAAAAAGUUGGGACGCUGUGGAAAACGUUAACUGAAUGUGAUAACUUGCUCAUCCUUUUUUACAUAAACUCAGCUGAAAACAGU